ACAGUGUUGCCAGUGCGUUCGUAUUGUGUUGGACGUUUUAAAAAAAUAUGUGCGUUCAUUUAAAUAUUAUUUCGCGAAUAUGACGUCACAUUGGUACCAGUUAAUAUUGCUAUUGUUAAUUUAUCCGUUCAGUAAUAGUAAAGCUACAGAUAAUGUAACUACAAUCUCCCCAUUGGAUGUGCCUUACGCACCAUGCUCCCAUCUGCGACCUGGAGACGUAGACUUCCAGACAGUAGACUUGAUAGCUGUGUAUAGAUUAGACCAGCCUGAUACCACCGGGGUUACAUUGGUACAAGGCUCCCAAGAUCUACAAAGAGCGUAUAGGAUUGGCGAUGGAGCUAAUCUUACGUUACCUUUGAAAGAAGUAUUCCCAAAUGGAUGGCCGGAACACUUCAGUGUGGUGGGUACAUUCAACGCUCAAGGUCUGCAAAGACCGUGGACCCUCAUCAGAGCAAGAUCCCGCAAUCUUCUGUUUUCACUAACAUUGUUACCGAAUGUUAAAAAAUUAAGUGUUUACGUGCAAACUUCUAGAGUGGUAUUUGAUUGUCCUGAGCUUUUUAGAUCGGGAUGGCAUAAACUACAUACAUCGGUUACAGACGAUGCCGUACAUGUUGCUGUUGAUUGUAAAGAAUUGUUGCCAGAAAAGAUAAAGAAACACGACUUCCGGAAUGUGACGUCAGUUUCUAUCGUGACCAAUGAUGAUGGAACUCCAGCACCGAUAGAUCUGCAAUGGUUGUCAUUAAGUUGCAACCGUUAUAACCUUACUGAGGACAGUUGUGAAGAAAUUGAUUUACCUGAACCUCUGACAGUCACUGUACCUUCACCGUUAAUUUCCCCUGACACGUCUCCCAACUUGCGUCCAUUCUUACCGUGCAACGAAACAUGUCCCCCGGGACCAGAAGGUCAAAAAGGUCAGAAGGGAGAACAAGGUCCUAGAGGUUACACAGGAUUACCGGGUGUACGAGGGAUUGAAGGUCCUCCAGGUGCUAAUGGAUUAACAGGACCCAAAGGUGACAGAGGUGAGCGUGGUCCGCCCGGGACAGUUGUCAAUGGAACUUUUGCUCCGGGUCCGAGAGGAGAAACGGGGAAACCUGGUAUUAAAGGUGAAAAGGGUGAUGCAGGACAAAAAGGUGAACCAGGGGAGGCUGGUCUUGUUGGAUUAGCAGGAUUGCCCGGCGCUGAUGGCAGAGAUGGUUACCCCGGUCCGCCGGGUCCCGUAGGUCCCCCUGGAGUACCGGGGACACAAGGCCCUCCCGGACCCCCCGCUAAUCUUAAUGCUUCUUUAAUACAUGGUGCAAAAGGUGAAAGAGGUUAUCCUGGCCGACAAGGACGUGAUGGAGAAUCGGGUGCUAGAGGUCCGCCAGGGCUAAAUGGAAAUCCGGGGCUACCAGGACCUCAAGGACCGCCGGGUAUACCAGGUAGACUUGGUGAACGAGGUCUACCUGGACUGCAAGGUGGAACUGGAGAGAGGGGACCUGAAGGGCUACCGGUUGCUCAGACAGACUCACUUUCAGAAACGGAGGUUAGAAAUAUAUGUGAGGAUAUAAUUAGAGUUCGUAUAGCAGAGUUAACGGAGAGAUGGACGACUCAAUCUACACCGACAAUAAUAUCUAGAAGAGGCCCGCCGGGGAGAGCGGGCACACCAGGGUUGCCAGGAUUACCUGGAGAACCAGGAAUUCAAGGGCCCCGGGGUUUCCCAGGGGAAACUGGUGAGCCCGGACGACCCGGCAGUCCGGGCUCUAGCGGCGAGAAGGGGGAUAAAGGGGAGAGAGGACAGGAGGGGGUGGGGGUACCAGGACCUGAGGGACCACGAGGUGUUCAAGGACCUAUAGGUCCUCCUGGACCUGAUGGUAGAAUCGGACUUCGUGGCGAUCCUGGACAUCCUGGCCCAAUAGGACCUCGCGGUGUUCCCGGUCCCCGAGGGAACUGUGACUGUCCAGUAGCGGCGUACUAUGCGUAUUCACCUGUUGGAAAUUUUAAAGGCCCAUAAAUGACCCUUCCAGUAAUUACAGCUUUAUAUGAUUGUUACAUGGUCUGUUUAUUUUGGAUUGUAAAUCUAGAUAAAAUGUUGAAAAUAAUGUUAUGGAUAUUUGCUAGAGGAAUCAAACAUUAUUAAUUGUUUGUGUCAACUAAAUAAUU